AUGGGGUGGUGGUGGGCACCCCUGAUGCUGGUGCUGGCCCCUUGGCUCCCUGGAAACCCAGGCGUCCAAGCAGGGAGACAUGGCUUGUGGCAGUGGGUGGCCCUGGCAUCCUGGCUCCCUGGGGUGCACUCCUGCCUGCUUUGCUUUGGGCCUUCCAUUCAGAAGGCACGGCUCUGCCGUGACAUUACUGGGGCCCCCCCCACGGACCCCCGACAUCAACACUGCCUUGAUGCCCUUGUCCAGGCUGCUGUGCAACUCGCUUCUGUCUCCGUGGGGUCGGGGCAGUAUGAGGCACUUGAGGAGAUCAUCAUGGAUGCCCUGCAUUUUCUGGAGAAGCAGAAGGAUAAAAAGCCUUUGGAGGUGUCUCUGCAGGAAGCCGUCAAUGUCAUCUGGAUGAAGCUGAGCCAGCUGGAGGAAGCUCCAGCCUGUGUCCCGCCCUGUGGGUACCAGCCAGCUGCCCGCGUCUUCCAGUGUGCUACCUGCCGCCUCGUGGACUGCCAGUUUCCCCUGGACUGCCCAGUGCAGGAUGUGUGGACCAGCGCAGAUGAAGCCAUCACACUGCACUGCAAUGUGCCCUUUGUGACCCCCCCUGACCUUCCCGUUACCUGGAUGUUUGCCAAGGAUCUGCACACACAGGAUCUGGCACUGUUUGAGGAGCUGCAGGGGAGUGUGGAGGGACCCCUCAGUCUGACCCUCCAGGACCCCACUCCGGGAACCAUCGCCUGUCGCCUGGGGGUCCCUUCUGAGCCCUUAGCCCGCAAGUACUUCUACCUCAAUGUAUCCAGGGGAAGUGUGGAAGCAGAGCAGAUACUCCAGGCUCAGUUCAGAGCUGUGCUGCGCUGGCCCCGUGACAGGACUCCCCUUCACCACGUGGCAUUGCUGGGUCUGGAGGUGGCACUUGGCUCCAUGGCGCUCGUGCUGCUGCUGGUGUAA